AUGAAGAGGAUGUCCUUUUCAGAAGCUGAUGUCCGCAACCUAUCUCUAGCCAAGAUGAGCGCUCGUGAGGCGGCGUGCUGUUGGCUGCAAGCCAAUAGCCAUUGGAGGGAUUGGAUCCCGAUGAAACCACUUUGCAGAUCUGGAACGGUCGCACAUCCAUUGGGCUAUUGCGUGGAGUGUCUGGGAGGCUCCAGCUGCCAAGACGGACGGAUGACCUUGCAGCCGGGCUUUUACGCUCACCAGGAUUCGCCGGGUGAGGUUUUCCAAUGCUUCGACGACGUGCUGCCCAAGCUGCGCUGUCCCGGCGGAGCGCCGGGCCGUUGCGCGGUGGGCCGCGAUCCCAAGAGCUUGGCGUGUUCGGCCUGUAUCGCGGGCUACAGGUCGCAUCAGGAGGGCUGCAUCUCGUGCGAGAGCCACGGCGCGUGGUCACACGUCGUCGUCCUCCUGUACUUGGCCCUCCACGUGUCCCUCAUUGGCGUCGUGCAUUUCCUCUUCGUGAAGGCGAACUCGAGGAGAUCCACCUCCACGAGCCUCUUGCAUGCGGAGAUCGGUGUCUGCGAAUUACUCACCUUCCUGCAACUUAUCGAUCCUUGGGGCGAGUUGACAGAGACGGAAAGGGGAUGA